CAACAGUCAGCUGUUGGUUUCUCAGCCAGAUAUUUAUAUUUCUGUGAACUUUCUUUGAAAAACUCUCUGAAAGAAGUACUAAAAAAGCGGAGAAAUACAACAAAAAGCCAAGAAAUACACAGGAAAAAGACUAAUCUAUAAUUAUGGCGGAUUUAAUCGUUUCUGAGGACAAAGAGAAGUCUUUAUAUUUGAUCCAGAUUCAGUUUCUGGAUGAGCAGCUGGAGAGAUGUCAGCUCCAGUGUGAUGAGCUGGUGCAGCAGAGGAAGGCCCUCACGUCUCUGUACCGCGCGCUGGAGAAGGACAGGAAAGACAUCACUGAGUACCUGAAGCUCUGCGUAGCUGCAGAGGAGAAGAAGGUGGAGGAGCUGGCCGAGCGGCUGGAGAGUCAGCAGCAGGCGGCCCGACGGGACCGAGAGGCCCUGAAGCUGCAGAACAACCGGCAGCUGAAGAAGAUCCAGGACGGCGUCGAUGAGCUGGACUCAGAGACCGCGACGCUGGCGGCGACCAUUGAGGAGCUUCAGCUGGUGGUGGAUAAGCUGAUGGAGCAGCAGUCCGACAUAGAGUCUCUGAAGAGGCAGCUGGACCAUAUGGAGGAAGAGAGUAGAGCUGCCAUCUACAUCCUGAAGUGUGAAGCCGAGUCGGAGAGAGAAAAGAUGUCGGAGAAGAGGUGGUGGAGCACAGGGGACGAUUACGUGGAGACGAAGACCUCGGGCAUCGUCCAGGAGGAGAGGGCUCAGCACAGCCAGCUUGAGGAGGAGGUCCGGGUCCUCGUGGGCGACAAGGUGGGUCAGUUGAAGGAGGCGGACGACCUGCAACACCAAGCAGAAGUUCUUCACAUUAGGAUGGACAUCACGAAGACGGCUGUGGACAAGGUCACCCUGAAGAGCUGCACCCACAAGAAGGAGUUGGAGCAGCUGAUGAAGAAGUGCCAGCAGCUGAAGGUGGAGCUGAAGGAUUGUAGCACCGCCCACGAGAGCGUGCUGGUGGAGAACCAGGAUCUCAGACAGUGCCUGCCGUCGGCGUCCGAGGAGAGCCGACAGAGAACCGCCGAGGCGCAUCAGCUGAGGGCCGAGCUGCAGGAGGAGAGCAGCAGGAGGAGGCGGCUGGAGGGCGUCAUGCAGGAAGCUGUCAUCACUCUCAGCCGCGUCCUGACGGACUCAGAGAAGACGUCCAAGACUCAGCGGAAGAUGCUGAUGAAGGUGCUGGAGAUCCUGGAUACAACCGUCGCCCCCCCAGCACCAGGAUCCACACCUGAGGAGGGCGGUCGAGGACAGAAACCGCAGACCUCUGACCCCAAACCCCAAGCCAGACCACAGACGCUGAACCUGAACCUGGACCUCGCUACACAGCCUUUGUUCCUGAUGGCCCGCUACAGACCAGGAGACCUGGGCCUCGUCCCCCGACCCACGUGGAGACACAAACCAGCCACUUCCAGGACGAGAGGUCGGUCCGCCCAGCCGCCUCUCAACAGGAAACUGAAGACGUCCAGCUCCGACCCCGAAGACCCCUCCUCCGCAGACUGCCGAACCAAAUCCAGUCAACAGUAAGAAAGAUGGAUGUUUCUAAUCCCAACCACCUUCAAAAUAAAGGCUUUGGUCACUUUAAUCCUG